AUGCUUCGUUUCUCUCUCGCUUGUCUGGUUCUUCCAAAGGACCGAAAAGAAUAUAUGGAGUUGGUGAAGUCCUUACGUUAUCGCACCGAGGCACCCAUCAUGGACUGCACGUCGGCGUUAAAGGAGUCCGAUGGUGAUAUUGACGCGGCAAUGCAGCUGCUUCACACGAAGGGCCUGGCGCGGGCUAUGAAAAAGGCCAAUAGCGUCACCGAACACGGUUUCCUAGUCAGUUGUGUGAGCCCUAUCCCCCGCAACGGUGCCGCGAUCAUCACGAUGUGCAGCGAGACCGAUUUCGCGGCCCGCAACGCGCACUUUCAGCAGCUCUGCCGGGUCACCCAAGACCGCCUGGUGGCGAUGCUCGACCAGAGUGCCGGGGGGCUUCUGGCCCACCCCGCGGAGGCUACCGAGGCCCUUAAUGCCGCCAUGGACGACGUCCUCCGCCCUGCCAUCGCGGUUCUUGGGGAGAACGUCCGGGUGCGUGCGGUGACGCCCUUACUCAUGGCCUCCCCCACCUUAGAAGGCCUUCGUUUAGGCUGUUAUGUCCAUGGCGGUGUGGGGGUCGAGGAGGUCGGCCGCCUGGUCGGGCUCAUUGCGGUUGAGCACCGAACAGGAGUGGAGGUGGAGCCGGAGGUGCUGACCUCCGUGGCUCGCCAUUUCGUCGCAACCUCCGGCGCGGAGGGCGACUACGCCCAGGAGAAUUUUUUCGGCACCGAUAAUGAAUCCUUCGACGCAUGGAUGAGGCGCCACCAUCUACGGUUCAACAGCAGCUUGGUGAUGGAGUUCGGAAAGGACCCGAUCCAACAUAUUUUGUGA